AUGCCUUCCGACCGUGCGUCCUGCCCCCGACCCUCCUCUCGUUCCACCUGGCAGCUCACCCUCUCGCUGCCCACAGUCGCAGCCUCGGCUCGGGCGCUCAUUGACGCCUACGAAGGAGCCGACUCGAGCGGGCGUCAGGCCCUGGUCGCUGCUCUCCAAGAUUGUCUCGCGGCGCGCCUCAAGGAGCUCAAGAAGGGCCCGCAAGGCCCACUCGUCAAGCACAUGCGCCAGAUCCAGAAGACGAUCGACGAGUACACGCGGUACCACCGGGACGCCGUGGUCGAGCACGACAAGCAGCAGAAGAUGUCGCCGCAGGGUGCGGACGAGGUCAAGCGCGCCGCGGGCAACAUCGAGUGGUACCGCGGUACCCUCUUGUCGGCGCAGCAUGACCGCUGCUGGGAGAACGAUCAGGUGAAUCGAGCCUGGGUCGAGUACAACGAGCUCCGCGCCGAGAUGGACAAGAUUGCCUCCCUGACCCGCUCCCUCGCGGCGCAGAGCAAGAUCGUCGGCAAGCCUCGCAGAGCGGCGACACUGGCACCGGCGCAGCACUCGCUCGGCAAGAACGUGUUCGUCCCGGAGCACAUGAGGACGUAUCGGCGCGUCGGCGGCUACUGA